AUGGCCAUCCUCCCCAGACUCAUUGGCCAGAGUGCCAGCCGACUAUGUCUGCGACCUGCCACAUCUCUCGCCGCUCGCCCGUUCUCAUCAACUGCGUUCCGGAGAUAUGCGACACCCGAGCAUACCGGCACGCGGCUGAUUCCCACCGACGAGCACUUCAAACAGACCGGCGACGUCGUCGAGGAUCGCAAAGUCAGGCACUACACUGUCAACUUCGGACCCCAGCACCCUGCCGCCCACGGUGUGUUGCGAUUGAUCCUCGAGCUCUCCGGUGAAGAAAUCGUCCGAGCCGACCCCCACGUCGGUCUGCUGCAUCGAGGCACCGAGAAGUUGAUCGAGUACAAGACCUAUCUUCAGGCUCUGCCCUACUUUGACCGUCUGGACUACGUCUCCAUGAUGACCAACGAGCAAUGCUUUUCUCUUGCCGUUGAGAAGCUUCUCAACAUUGAGAUUCCCGACCGUGCCAAGUACAUUCGAACCCUGUUUGCCGAGAUUACCCGUAUCCUGAACCACCUGAUGUCGGUUCUCUCACACGCCAUGGACGUUGGUGCGCUGACACCCUUCCUGUGGGGUUUCGAGGAGCGUGAGAAGCUCAUGGAAUUCUAUGAGCGUGUCUCUGGUGCUCGUUUUCACGCAGCCUACGUUCGUCCCGGAGGUGUCCACCAGGAUAUCCCCAUUGGACUGCUAGACGACAUCUACCAGUGGGCUACCCAGUUCGGAGACCGUAUCGACGAGACUGAGGAGAUGCUUACUGAUAAUCGUAUCUGGAUUGAGCGUCUGAGGGGAGUUGGUGUUGUCUCUGCCGCCGAUGCUCUGAACCUGUCCUUCAGUGGUGUCAUGCUCCGUGGCUCUGGCAUUCCUUAUGAUAUUCGCAAGAGCCAGCCCUAUGAUGCCUAUGACAAGGUCGAGUUCGAUGUCCCCGUCGGCACCAACGGCGACUGCUACGACCGUUACUUGUGCAGAAUGGAGGAGUUCAGACAGUCGCUGCGCAUCAUCCACCAGUGCCUGAACCAGAUGCCCGCCGGCCCCGUCCGCGUCGAGGACUACAAGAUCGCUCCUCCUCCCCGAGCUGCCAUGAAGGAGAACAUGGAGGCUCUGAUCCACCACUUCCUGCUCUACACCAAGGGUUAUGCCGUUCCCCCCGGAGAGACCUACUCCGUCAUGGAGGCGCCCAAGGGCGAGAUGGGAGUCUUCCUGGUCAGUGACGGCAGUGAGCGCCCUUACAGGUGCCACAUCCGUGCUCCUGGCUUUGCUCACCUGGGUGGCUUUGACCACGUUGCCAAGGGUCACUUGCUGGCAGAUGCGGUCGCUUUAAUCGGUACUAUGGAUCUUGUGUUUGGUGAGGUUGACAGGUAA